GCUUAGUUUCAACAGGGAAAAUGGGUCGAUCGUUUUAUGUAAAUCUAUGUUUUGAUGGGGUGAAAUAAUGUCCUUUCCAGCAGGAAAUUUAAUGAUCUCUUUUUAAUUAAAGGCUAUUCGAAAUUAAUGCAUAAAGAUUUCGUCUGCAAACACCACUUUCAUAAUGAUGUGGAUACUGGUUACAUGGCUGCCGACAGUCGUUGCUAGUGUCGGGACUUCUGAAUAUGAUCACUUUACAUUCGCACAGUCUUGGCCACCCGGCGUUUGUGCUUUAGCAGGCGAGGUUCAUAGCUGCCAAGUGGACAGAAACAUCACCACGUGGACCAUACAUGGACUCUGGCCUACGAACGGUAGCCAUGAGGGUCCUUAUCACUGCAGCGAAGAGCCAUUCGAUGAGAACCAAAUUGCCAGUCUUAAAAACGAACUUUUGAUCUACUGGCCCAAUCUGUUUAAAGAUACGGAAGCAGACCGGUUGUGGGACCAUGAAUGGACGAAACACGGUGUUUGUGCCAAGGACGUUCCUGCCACAAAUGGAGAAUACAAUUACUUUAGCAAGGGGCUUGAACUCAACAGGAAGUAUCCCCUGCUCCAGAUCCUGGAAGUUGCAGGCAUAACACCAAAUAAGACGACUUAUUACACCAUUGGUCAAGUGCAUGACGCAGUGAAGAACACCACUGGGGUUGAGGCUGUCUUUAUGUGCUAUUGCGUUAGAAAGAGACGCAUGCACCCAGAAAAACGUUAUAUCCUGACCGAGAUUCAGAUCUGCCUCGAUAAAACGAAGUUCACUCCAGUUGCUUGUCCUAACGUACAAAUUUAAACGAAACAGAUGUCCUGGUUUCUCCAAAUGUCCCAAACAUUUCUCGUAUCCGCCAAUACAGUAUGGUCCCGACGAAACGAUCUAUUUCGAAAGGUUUGGGGCGUUAUCUGGUAUAUGAUAAACGUGGAAAACAGCAACAAAUAAAGACAAUGCAUUCGUUUCAAUAUAUAAUAUAUAGAACAUAUAUUUAAAUACGUGAAGAUUGUAUACAUUAUUUAAAUCUUUACAACAAAUGUAUUUUCAUUUCACAAGUACAUGUAGGAAUGGUAAAAAAACACAAACUAUUGCGCCUUAAUACGCCAUAAUAAUGCCCAAUCAGAUUUGACCUUAUGUCAAAGGUCAAGUACACAAUAAGGGAUUACAAAGGCACCAAAACACAUCACUUGGCUCUGUCGUUGAAGUUAUUGUAUUAUUAUUUUAUUAUACAUUAUCGUCCUCCUUUGUACAUGUUUAUUUUGUUUUCUAUGUAGCAUUACGAUUGUUUUGUAGCAUUUAGGCAUUAUAAUGUAUUCCAUUUUUAAUCAUCUGAUAGUGCAUGAAGUCUCUUAUGUUUGAGUAUUUUUUUAUGCGUUAUCAAAAUAAACUUGUUCAUUUUCA